AUGGCGGCCUUCGACACUCCUUCGCUCGUCUCGCUCGCAGCUGCAGCAGCGGGUGCCGCUAGUCACGGAGGAAAAGCCGGGCAGGAUGCCGGCGCAAAAGCCGAGAAGGCGCGACAGAAGCUGCUCAGCGCAAGAUACACGAACAUCUAUGUCUGGAUCAUGGCGGCGCUCCUCGGCUGCCUCAUCCUCCGCAACCUCAGCCUCACCGCCGCAAGGUUCUUCGACUGUCGACGCCGCAGACAAGCUGCCUCAUCUGAGAAGGGCCGGCGGAACGGCUUCGACGCCUACAACGACAAGCCUGCAGUCUUGCGUUGGUCGGACAAGGUCGACUCGCUCGCCCUCAAGCCGGUGCGAGGUCUGCCGACGGACUGGACCUACCUUCGCCUUAUCCUUGUCACUGCCAUCGUCAUCGUCAACACCGUCUUCUGCCUCGUCGGCUCGACGCAACUUCACUCAGCCCAGAGUGCCGGAUCCUCGAUCGCUCGAGCUUUCUCCCGCCGCUGCGGCCGCAUUGCUACUGCCAACUAUCCCAUCCUCUUCAUGUUCGCGGGCAGGAAUAGCGUCAUCGUCAAGUUGACAGGCUUGUCAUACCAGUCCCUUCGCUUCUACCACAUUCUCCUCGGCUUCAUCGCGUUCGUCGAGUCCUUCGUGCACACCAUCGCCUACAUUGCGCACUACUCGAUCUGGCAAGGCAAAGACAAGCUAGCGCAGGAGGCGACUGAGACGUACUUCAAGUGGGGCAUCGUCGCCGUCGUCUUCAUGUUGACCAACUGCCUCUUCGGUCUGAAGUGGCUGCGACGCAGGUCUUACGAGAUUUUCCUCCUCCUCCACGUCGUUGGCGCUGCGCUUAUCCUUGCCGGCUCAUGGUACCACCGCCCUAUCAUGCAAGAUUGGGUCUAUGCCGCAGUCGCCAUCUGGAUCGCCGAGCGAGUCUUCCGUUGCAUCCACCACGUCGGUUCGGUUGUCGGCGCCCGCUUCUUCCUGCGCUCACCUCUCGUCAAAGCGCGAGCGGAAGUACGGGACGGCGCUAUCACGCUCAGCGUGCCCGCCGACGGCCAGACUUGGACGGCCGGCCAGCAUGUCUACCUCUCGUUCUGGGGCCUUGACCUCCUCCACCGUCCGUGGCUUUUCGGCUGGUCGCAAAGUCACCCGUUCUCGAUCUCCAACGUCCCGUCCAACGGUACAACCGCAACUCGCGAGAUGCGCUUCGUCCUCCGCGUACACGGCGGUCUGACUCGCGAGCUCGCGAGGCACAUCGCGCGGCGUAGCGAAGCCACAGACGGACAGGCCGUCGACUGCUGGGUUUCGGUGGAGGGCCCUCACGGCUCGGCUCCAGCGGCCGCAGAAUUCGACACGCUUCUCCUCGUUGCCGGCGGAUCAGGCAUCACGCACCCUCUCAGCAUCGCUGCUGAUGUCUGUCGUCGAGCUGCCGCCGGACAAGCAGUCGUGACGAGCAAGAUCAAGCUCGUCUGGGCUCUGCAUCGGCUCGAGCAAGCCGCUUGGGUCCAGAAGACGCUUGAGGAGACGCGAAGCUGGGCUGAGAAGGCCAACCUCGACUUGUCCGUCUCGCUCUACGUGACUCGUACAGCUUCAGCCGACACCUCCGGCACAUCGAGCCCCUCCUCCAGCGCGAGCAUCGACGACGAGAAGAAGGAGGAUCAUGGCGAGGAAGUCAAUGUUGGCGGCAAAUGUCGCAAGCACUCCGGCCGGCCAGACGUGAACGACGAGGUCGCCAGGGCUGUCUCUGACUCGUCUGGCAGGACGCUCAUCAUAGCUUGCGGACCCGAACCCCUCGCAAACGAGGUCGCCAAGGCAGCCACGCCGUACCUCUCUUCCGGCGUCAAGGUCGACAUCGCGCGGUUCGAGUGCUAG